AUGCAAAAAGCAACCCCACCAUCUAUGAAAGGCCCCCUGGUCAACGGCUCUCAGACCAAUGGCUACUUCUCGCCACCGGACUCUCCCUCAGUCUUCCGCUACGGAGGCUCCACUCGCGGAAGCACCAAGAUGCGGAAUUCCAUGACCUUUUCAGGCAGCCGCAGUCAAAAGACCACCAUUGUCAGAGACGCGGCGAUCUCACUUAAGAGGAAGAGCAUUGCUGAGCUUGGUGCUGGCAUCUCUGAGACCGCAGACAAGGUCACGUUCAUCGAGCUCGUCGAAUGGAUUCGUGCGGAGAGACUUUCAACAUUGCCGCACAAGGGUAGCAAAUGGGACACGGUUUUAAUUCGUGCUUUGUAUUUCACUGAGCGUUUGCACGGUUUCGAGAAAGCACUCAAGGGUCACGCCCUUGACAACGAGCCGGCGGCUCAUUUGGGUUACGGCCACACGCGGUUGCUCUUGGAGCUUGGCCACGAAAAUUCGGACGCUCUCUACAAGGCUUUUGCCUUCUUGUAUCAAUGCUCUUCCUCUGUUUCCUCUCUGUUGGCGAGGUCGGAGGUCUUGUCGCUCUCUUCUGAGGUCUACGAACAACUUUGUACGAUUUACACGGAUCUGCUGACUCUUCUGGUCGAUGUCGCUCUCCGCUUUUACAAGACCGUCCAUGGCAGUUCUGGGGAAGCUGCCAGCUUGGAUAUGCAUGAGGUGUUCGGAGACACUAUCGGUGGCUUCCGCCGUCGAUGUGAUGAAAUCAGCGAAAUGAUUUGGAAAGAACAGAUCAGUGACGAAGACUUCGAUGGAGAAGACAUCGUGGAAGUCACCUCCCUCAACCGAUGGCUCGCACCUCAAGACCGUGUUCUGGCUUCGGUCGAGCUCGAUCACACCCUCAUCUCCGAUGAGAUGGCAGAAUUCACUUGUGUCUGGAUUUAUGACGAUCUGGCCAAGUUUGUGAAGAGUGAUGACACAACUCUCCUCGUCAACGGCCCUGCAGGAUCUGGCAAAUCGACCCUAGCAGCGUCUUUGGCUGAAAGGCUCCAGAGACCGAUCGGACGCAAAUCAUAUGCUACAGCCUUCUACUCUGUCGGUGCAGUACCAUCGCAGGCAACCUCUUUGAACGUUGUCAAGGGCUUGCUACAUCAGUUGCUGAAUCUUCGUGUGGGCAAUGUUCACCUCUACCACGCCCUUGCUCGAGCUUACGAACACGCACGUUUCACUGCCGACCCAAGCAAGUAUGAAGACCUGCUUUGGCACGCACUGGAGGAUGCGCUUCGCAGCCCACUGGACCGAAGCCGUGAGACUAUCCUCAUUGUUGAGGGUCUAGACGAGUUGAUCGGUGGUCCUUCUGCUGGCCAAGGACUUCUGCAACGUUUAGUUCAUGCCGUCCACCAAGGCAAAGCUGUCAAGCUUGUCGCACUCUCUGAGGCCCUGUCCCUGCCGACCGGUGCCCACGGAGUUCAACAGUCCAUCUCUCAUGACGAUACCCACGAUGACAUUCACGAAGUCACCAUGAAGGUUCUCAUCCACUGCAGCCACUUCCGAAGCAAAGGCGGGCGUGAUCAGGAAGGCAUCAUUGGCCGUGUCAUUGAAGCAAGCAACGGUUCUUUCUUGUGGGCGAUCCUCACGUCUGAAGUCCUUCGACUCGAGAAGACAUCCGACAGUUUUUCCAAGGCUGUUAACAACCUCAACCCGAAGACAACGGUUGAUGAGCUGGUCCAGAAAAUAUUGUCCGGUGCAGAGCUUUCCGAAGAUGCCAAAUUGAUCUUGUCGUGGCUGGUCUACGCCGCGAGGCCAUUGACCUACCACGAAAUCGAGAAUCUCUUCGCUGUCAACCCACAUGAUGGAACUCGAUCGGGCCGGCGGGUCGAUGUGCACCGCACCGUGCAGUCAUUAAAACCACUUGUCACGAUUCAAGAAGACAUCGUGCGGCCAAGGCACAAUGCUGUUCAGUCAGCUUUGAGGAAUGCCUUCAGACAGGGCAAGGUCACCACGUCCGUCAAAGAUCAGACAAUGGACAUUCUGCUCCGACUUCUGGCAUACGCCAAACUCUCUCUGCCCGAGAAGGGAGAGCCAACUCUCGAUGAUACUGACCGCAGUCCCGUCGACCACUCGUUUGCUCGGCAUAUUCUGCUAGAGUAUGUCGUGAGAUACUGGACGUGGCACCUACAGCAAACACCCAUCAUCUCGCAAGGCAAAGAAAUUCAGGUCCCUGCUGAGGUCCAGAAAGUCUUUCCAGACAGCACCUUGAUGCCCGUUCUUGAGUGGCUGUGUUGGGAUGACCAAUUCCCUGGUGCACAAGAAGUUGAACUCCAUGAUUUGGUCGCCCGCCUUCGCAUCAAGAUCUUCACUGAGCAACAUCCGGCGGUACUCCAGUCUUUGAUCAACACGGCCGGCUACUACGAAAUGAUGCAGGACGUCGAUCGUGGGAGCAUUCUAUAUUACAAGAUCUCCACCAUCGGCCGCAAUGUUCUUUCGAUCUCUCACCCCAUUGUGGUCGAAACAGCCCUUCGGUUUCUCCGUCUAUCUCAUAGCCGGGUGACAACCAGCAGAACUGAGAUCAUGACCCACAGAGAGAACAUACUAUUGCUGCUAAUCACCGCCUACGAACGGAGAUACGGCGAAUCCUCCGACUACGUUAUUCAGAUCAAGGAGCAGUUGGCAGAACUCUACACGUACAUCAACGAACAAGACAAGGCCACGGAGAUUCUUCGCAUUCUACAAGGCGACGUUGCCGAGACGCAUGGCAAACACUCCGAUCAUAGCCGCGCCAUUGACCAACACCUUCGUAUCAGCCUGGGGAAGAAUAAGGGAACCACACUCGAGACAUACAAGGGUGGCAUCUUCUCGGAGGAGAAUGAGGAUCAAGAGACAGUCACAACUCUGGACAUGGUUCAGGUCGAAUCCCUUCUGCGCCAGAUUGAAACAUAUCUUGCGCAGAAAGAGAUUGUCCAUGCCGAGCAAGCCUACAUUGAACUCUGGCAGCGUCUUGCAGAGACUUGUCGCACGAACUUGUCGGCUGAGUUUCAUCAGAAGAAGAUCGAGACUGUGCAAGCAUACUCCAAGUUCCUGGCGACCCAAAAGCGACAGGUGGAAGCCAACAGUCUGCACACCUCACUCUGGCGUGAGUACCAGAGCCACGAGCUGUCGUACCAUGAGAGCAUUGUCUCCAGACUUACGGAGUCUGCACGCACUCUUAAGUCCUUUGGCGAAUACGCUGCCUCGCUUGCCAUCUUCAAGCACGUUUCUUCGUACUACCGCAACGUACGCAAGGAAGAAUCCUCCCGAUCCUUUACAGAAAUCGAAGAGGAGAUGACUCAGGUCUCGCAGCAGGCCUUGACUUCAUCCAAGCAGGAACACCAUUCAACCAGUUCCUCCUCUUCGCAAUGGGAUAUGUUCCACGUUCUGAUCACCAACAAGAGCAAGUCCAUCGACAGCACGACAUUGACGCUCUCGAAGCAGCUCACGUCGCAGUACAUCGCCCAGAGGAACUAUGAACAGGCGGUCUUCGUCGUGCGCGCAACCUUGGAUCGCACCUGGAGCUCGUUCUUGUCAAGGUCGGUCCACGAAGUGACUAUGACAAGCACAUUUCAGAAGGAGUCGAUUGAACUCGUCGAGCAACUGGCUGAAUGCUACAUCCAGCAGCGUUCCUUCGAGAAGGCAGAGGAUGUCUAUGUGAGGCUCUUUAGGGCCUCCUUGACGGUGCCCAAAGAUCACACUCUCCUUGAAAAGGCCAAAACCCUCCUGAUCGGUUUCUACACCAGACGCGGUCACCCAGAUAAGAUCAUUGCUACGUACCAGGAGCUACUGGCAGUCUACAGACGUAUACUUGGCCCGAGUCACGACAGCACAAUUGCAAUCUUGUACGAACUGGCAACGAGAUGCCGUGCUCAUGCCCGAAGCCACCCUUACUGGAUCGAGUAUUAUCAGCAGAUUGUGACUGCUCUCAGCAAGGACUCGCAGACUUGUCAUCCAAAAGCAAUCGACGCUGCCAUCGUCGUUGCAGAGUCUUACUGGGAAGAGAGACGGUACAGUGAUGCUGUCACCGCAUACGGUAUGAUCUGGACAACAUUCAUCAGCAAGCACAAGGAGUUCAAGUACUUCAGCCAAGAGUCCUUUGUUCGGAACUUGUACGAGCGCUACUAUCAAUGUCUGGAAGAAACGAAGGCCGACUGGGAAGUCUUGCGGACAGUGACUUCCCAAUAUCGCGAGACUACUCGCUCUGUCUUUGGAGCCAGCUCUUCGACUGCCAUUGAAGCCACCAUCGCCCUUGCUAGGGUCAAUCAACACAGCGAGAAGCACAUUGAAGAGUCACUUUCGCUGUACGAAGAGGCGUCUCGCUCUGCUUCUCAGUCGAAGGACUCAAGCUCCUUGUCACUCAACUCCUCUGAGCUUCGCCAGGCGAUGAUCUCCAUCUAUAAGCGACGUGUGUUCCACUCGGACUCGAAAUCUGCCAGCUCAGAAACUCUGGAGCGUGCUUCCAGUGCUUGCUCUCAGCAGUACGCGGAAACAAGGCAGCAAUACGGUUACUCGCACGAGUCCACGUUGUCGAGUCUGAGAGAGGUGUCUCAGCUCUACAUCCGUCAACAGAAGACUGAAGCCGCCGUGAAAGAGCUCACCACGGCGACUGUCGAUAUCGUCACCAAGGAAACCUCCUCAGAGAAGAUGUAUGAGUCUGCUGUGUCAUUGAUUCAGACUUUCCAAGCCUGCAACUUGAUGACACAGUGCAUUCAACUUGUCGAGGAGCUUCACUACCAGUUGAUCUCGAAGGAGAAGUCGUCCAAGGCCACCAUCAACGUGACUGAAAGCAGCAGCGCCUCAAUCUUCUUCUUGGCAACUCUGGAAUAUCACCUUCGCAAGGACUUGUCAAUCACCUUUUCGGAGAUUAUGGCCACCCUCAAAGCGCAGUCAAUCUUCUACUGGAACUUUAAGCAGCUCACGACGUCCAAAGCAGGCCUCGACAAGGUCCUCAUUGCUGCGGCUCCGCUCCGACAUCUACUCCGAGCAUGGAAUCGGACUGCUUUGAUCGGCAAUGUUGAGCACCACUGCACUGACCUGUUCGUCCAGCGUGAUGCGGCAAACUUCCUGUUGCUGAGCAAGGACUCGCCAAGGCAUUUCAUCAUUGGCAUCCUGGACUACAUUGGUAACAAGAAGAUCUCCGACUUUGUGCGGGUGGUCAUCGUCUCUUCGAAUCAGACUGUGGCACGGCUGAUUGAGAAGAACGACUUCACGAAUGCUCAUGACGUUGCUAAGAUGGCCUUUAGCUACGCUCAAUACCGCAAUGGCUAUCGUGGCACUCGAGCUGUGGCCCGUGGCUUUGGCCUUGCAUCUCAGCUCGAUGGCCGUGGCGAGAACAGGUGUCCUGAUCCAGAGCUCCGCAAGAAGUUGCUGCAGCUGUCCAACAACAUCAUCAAGGACAUUCUGAAGAUCUGCCGAGAGCAAAAGAUCAACUUCGCUCAAGUGCAGCUGACCGAAUUGAACGAGCUCAUUGCACUGCUCGGUGAGCAGAAAGACUACGACACAUUGGAGUCACUGCUUAAUGAGCUCUGGAAUACUCGCGAAGCGCAACGAGCAUGGCCAUCCAACAUCCUGCUCAACCUUGGUCGCCGCUUGAUCUGCGCCAGGUACCUCGCUGGACGCCAGAUCAAAGCCAUCCGUCUCUGCGAAGACAUCGCGUACAACAUGAAGCGGGUGCAUGGCAUCAAGCAUCCAGCUACGCUGGAGACUUACGACCUGUUGGCACAGCUUUAUACCACGACCGGUCAAUACUACCAGCGUGAAGUCUCCAGGGACAGUGCUGCUGCCGGCUUGGCUGCCGACCACUUCAAGAAGGCUGUGCUGGUGCACGAGGACGUCCUCCGAUGGCUUCUCAACGACAGCACUGGCGGCGCUGUUGGGGCUGACGAUGACGACGAUGAUACUGCUGCUGCCAUCCUCGCAGAGCACGGUGUUACCCACGACGCUGAGCAACCAGGAAGCAAUCUGAGCGACUCGCAGCGAAGCGAGCUGAUCAAGCAUCAUCUCCAUCUACUGAAGCUCGCCUAUCAGCGUCUGGGCACCUGGCCUAAGCCGUACGCCUCGUACGAGAAGCUGAAUGCGGAUCUGUUCAAGACAUUCGGCGAGCAGCUCAAGGGCUUCGAGGGUGUUGAGAAGUGGCAGGCAAAGGGCUUUGGCGGUGGCAAGGCAGAGAGCAAUGAAGGAACAUUCGCUGGAUCGACCUCGUGGGAGAUUCUGACUGCUUGA